AUGGAACGGAACGUAGUGGGACGGAAUGCGCAUGUCCAACAUUUGGAUGAAGAAAAAAGGGAAAAAGGAUCCUACUCCAAUCAUAAAACAAACCCUAAUCCCCAUCUUCUCUGCCGCUGCCUUUCUUUACCCGUAGCCUUCCUCCUCAUCCUCUACUCAUCCUCCUCUCCCGUAGCCGCCGACUGCACCCAGCCAGCAGGCAGCAGCAGGGAGCCACUUCUGUCGCGCUGCAGAUUUACCCAGAUUUACCCAGGACCCACCUUCAGUCAAACCGCGGAGAGAAAAAAAAGAAGGUGGCCACCGGUAUUAAUAGGAGGGUGGAGAUGGUGUUUAUCGGCAGUCGCUAUGAGGAAGGAGCUGGGCAAGGAGGACAAGGAAGAGAGGGGAAGGGGGAUGGUGUUUAAUUAUUUAUACUUAUCCAACAAGAAAAAUUGUAUCUAAACCUUUUUUAUUUGUUUUUAAUCUACAUGUGGCAAAGUUGGGAUCCACGCCUUCAUCGCCUAACGAUUAAUUUAUCAGAUUUUCUUAUGGAUGCAUGACAUUGCAACUAAAUCGUAAGUUUGUUUAUGAGGUUGCAACGUUUUAAAGAUGAUGCAUCGGUUUGUAAUUGCCCUUAAACUUGAGAGUGCCAAAUAUAAUUUACCUUUUGAAAUAUAA